AUGUCUAAGGAAUACGUUGCUGAUAACUCGCAUUUGGAUUCUUCUGAGGAAGAAAGCGGUACGUAUGACGAAUGGAUUCCUUCGUUUUGCUCUCGUUUUGGCCACGAGUACUUCUGUCAAGUUCCAACUGAUUUUAUUGAAGAUGAUUUCAAUAUGACAUCGUUAGCGCAAGAAAUUCCACAUUAUAGAAAAGCGUUGGACCUAAUAUUAGAUUUAGAACCUGUGAGUGACGAUGACAGUUUUGAGAAUAACACCAAACAUAAUGACAACAGUAAUAACAAAAGCAAUAAUAAUGACAGUAAUGAUAAAGAUAUCAAUAAUUCAAGUGCUAAUAUUGUAAAUAAGAGUAUAUUGGAACAUUCUGCAGAACAGCUUUAUGGGCUGAUACAUGCGAGAUUCAUAUUGACGAAGCAUGGUCUACAAGCUAUGGCUGAGAAGUUUGAUCACAAGGAAUUUGGUACUUGUCCAAGAUAUUACUGUGGCGGUAUGCAAUUGUUGCCUUGUGGUUUAAGUGAUACAAUCGGCAAACAUACUGUAAGGUUGUAUUGUCCAAGCUGCCAAGACAUUUACUUACCUCAAUCAUCGCGUCACUUAAGUUUAGAAGGUGCGUACUGGGGAACUAGUUUCCCUGGUAUUUUUUUGAAGCAUUUUAAAGAAUUAGAAGAUUACGUUGAGAAGAAAAAUAAAGAAACUUAUGAGUUGAAAGUGUUCGGUUUCAAAAUAAGUGCCUAUUCCAUUUCAGGACCAAGAAUGAAAUGGUUGAGGCAAUACCCAUCGACCGAGGAAGAGUGGAAAGAAUUUGAGAAGUGUGAAUUCGAAAUACCAGAGGAUCUAUAUUAG